AUGGUGUUUUGGCACCUGGGUUUAGAAAUAAGCKCUUUUAAUGAUGUGUGGUUGGUGGCUGGUCCAGAGAAGCCCUAUCAGCCUCACAGAAAGUAUUUUCUCUUUUAUAAGGGGUGUGAUUUUGAAGUAGGGGGCUUGAGGCAGCUAAGCCUCCGUUACAUAAAAAAUUGGCUGGGCUUCUCCCCAGAAAAUCCCAAAUGCCUGAUCGCUGGUGCUGAGGCUCUUGCUGUAAUCGGUGCUGAACAAGAGGUUACUCCCGGCCGCCUGCAGCGCGGCGACCUGCUCGAGGUGCCGCGCACGCUCUUCAUCCACUUCGGCAUCUACCUGGGCGACAACCGCGUCGCCCACCUCAUGCCCGACAUCCUGCCCGCCUUCACCGACGACCGCCGCCAGAUCGAGCGGGUGGUGACCAACAAGCGGCUCGUGCUGGGCGUCCUCGCCAAGAUGGCCAGCAUCCGCGUGGACAGCGUGGAGGACUUCGCCUACGGCGGCAGCGUCCUCGUCAACCACAUGGACCGGCUCUUCAAGGACCGCGUGCUGGGCAGCGAGGAGGCGGCGCGCCGCGCCGAGAAGCUCGUGGGCGCCACGGCCUACAGCCUGCUGUGGAACAACUGCGAGCACUUCGUCACCUACUGCCGCUACGGCGCCGCCGUCAGCCUGCAGACCGACCAGUUCUGCGAGACGGUGAAGAGGAUAAUCCGCGACCAGAGGAGCGUGCUGGCCUCGGCGCUCGUGGGCCUCGCGUGCAUCGUGUGCCUCGGCCCGGCGCCCUGCACCACGCUGCCCACCAUCCUCGUGCCCUUCCUGCUGUGGAUGGCGGGCUAGCCGCCCCGCGCAGCCCGCGCCUGUGCAUAGCCUGUGUACUGCUGUAUUUAUGAGAGCACAGGGUACUUGUCAGCCUGGUGGAAAGCAGGAUUUCCUAACCUUGUGUGCCCUUUUGUCUUUUUUUAAAUACAACUUUUCCUCCAGCACAGUGCACGAGGAGUAGCUUACUGUGUAAGCCAAAUGAUAGAUUUCCUGAAAAUCUCGGCCGGUGCCUUUGAAGGCACCUCUAACGUCGUGCAGAAGCAGGGGUGCAGCGCAGGUCUGCCGCCUGCCUUCAGCCUUCAGCGAUUCUCAUAGUCUCUCGUGUGCUCUAAUAUUYUAACUGCCUACCUGGGUGUCUAAGCUGUUAAUAAAAACGAAUGAUGGAGUACCGUGAAGUGACGGCUAUUGAGAACAAACCACUACUUAGUUGUGUGCAUAUACUUUAUAUUCAGAAGUUACUGCUUUUAUUGCUAAAAUGUGCUGUAAUGGAAAUAGAAGUGACUAAAUUGACUCUUCAUAAUGGAAAAGAAAAAGCUCCAGCYUGAGCAGUCUGUGCCUAGUAACACAUUUGGCUGGAUCAGAUACUCUCUUUUGGGUUCCCUUCUGGGAGACGUUUGCAAAUCUCUUUUUUCAUGUUAAUUUUGUAGACACUUGCUACUGUAUUUAACAACAACUUGAUUGGAUUAGCAGUAGGGAAAGUCUGCAAUUUCUUAGCCUUUUGCUUGUUAAUAAUAGCUGUCAGUAUAGCUAAUAUAAAUGACUAUGGGGGAGCGGGUAGGGAGAUACAGGAGGAAACCAAUUUCCUUUGUGAAAGCUGCAACAUAAAAACCAUGGCGAAUUCCCAGUGUUCCAGGGCACAGGGAGUUGGGAGGAGAAUGGAAGUCAAUUUAGGUCUUAUUGUCCUGCAGUAGCAGGACCCAUGUGGAUGCCUUAAAGCAUCGGGGAUUGCUGGAGCAGUUCCAGUGGUCACAAUAGUGUCAUUUUGUGUACCACCUUAAAACGCCAAUGCCUCUGCAAAAUAAGAUACCUCUCUUUGCCAGUGAAAAAGCCAUCACUUGCAAGCUAGCAGCUGGUGCUAAAAUUAAUCUUCAACGUUGAGGCUUUUUUAAUCAAAGUAUAAACUGAUUUGAUACCAACUUCAUCKGGUCAAGUGUUUAUUGAAUAUUGACUUYAGUGAAUAUUGCCUUUUUGUUUCCAUUUUCUGCCCAUUUUUAGAGUGAGACUCACUUCAACGGUACGAUCAAACUCUUUCCCCCAGACCACACAGCUGUUGGAAGAUUGUAAGCUUGAACUGUGAGUCUACUUGGCUGACUAAUAAUGUUUCUUCUUCUGGCUGCUCCGCUAUAACCGGCAAAGAAUGUAAAGACUGGG